UGUAGUUGGUGGAUAUGGUCCUGUACCAGGCUUCGUGCACAGACUCUCGGCUCUGAUCCCGCCUGAGACAUUGUAGCGGCAGCAGAGAGAGAUCCCCAGCUGUGGAGCGGGCUCCUCCGACCACCCUGCGACGGAGGGGCUGCAGCGCUGGAGAGUUACUAUGCAGCUUGGACUGUUUGUGGUGGUGGUUUUUCUAAGCUCGAUGGAUCUAACAGGCAGCAGCAAAGUGAUGAAGGGCAAGAGGCAAAGACGAAUUAGCACUGAGCUGAGUCAGGGCUGUGCCAGGGGCUGUGACCUGUGCUCCGAGUUCAACGGGUGCCUGAGAUGUUCCCCCAAACUCUUCAUCCUUCUGGAAAGGAACGACAUCCGGCAGAUCGGGAUUUGCCUGCCCUCCUGUCCCCUGGGCUACUUCGGCCUUCGCAAUACAGACAUGAACAAGUGCAUCAAAUGCAAAAUUGAGAACUGUGAGUCCUGUUUCAGUCGAAACUUUUGCACAAAGUGUAAGGAAGGUUUGUACUUGCACAAAGGGAGAUGUUAUGUCACCUGCCCCGAAGGCUACUCUGCUGCCAAUGGCACCAUGGAGUGCAGCAGUCCUGCACAAUGUGAAAUGAGCGAGUGGGGGCCCUGGGGGCCCUGCUCCAAGAAGAGGAAGCUCUGUGGCUUCAAGAAGGGCAAUGAAGACCGAACGCGGCGGAUCCUGCAGGCUCCCUCCGGAGACCUGUCCCUGUGUCCUGCCACCACCGAGGUGCGGCGGUGCACCGUGCAGAAGAACCAGUGCCCCGAAGGGAAAAGGAAGAAAAAGGAAGAGCAAGGAAAGCAAGGCAAUGUGAAUGGGAACAGAAAUCGGAAAGACACCAAAGAUGCCAAAUCUGGCACCAAGAAGAGGAAAAGCAAACAGAGAGGGGCUGUGGUCCCCGUGACGGCCGCUAGCUCUGCCCAAUAGCUGCCCCUUUACAUCACUUGAUGGCAAGACUUCAUUGCUGCUAUGUAUAUGAAAGCUUUAUUGAACCAGAGCACUGCUACACAACACGUAGACACAUCCAGAGAGACAGACAUAUACUCCCAGACCGACCCACAGACCCGACAGGAACCACACACACAGUAUUUAAGGAGGCUGCACACACACUGCACCCAGGAUCGCGGAUGGACGCUGCCAAGGAGAGGAGUGGGAGCACAGCCAGAGGGAAGCUGACCUCCCCAGGGCCCCAUGGAGGAUGCUGCGAGGAGGAGAGGUGGAGUAUGAGCCAGUGAAAGACCCAGAUGUGAGACUCCAUGACCAAAGGCCUUGACUGGAGACCAGCCCUGUGGCCCCAGCACAGCACAGCUGCAGCCAGGGGGUCAAGACUGGACCCAUAUGCCCCUUCUCCUUGACCUGGGACCUGGACUCAGAUGAAAGCAGUGGCCUCUUUCUCUUCCCCUACCCUUUAUUUUGUGUUUUAAGCUGUAUGACUUUAUCACUGCGAGUCCAUGUUAAACGUUUGUGGUAAGGGGUCAGUGGCAUCUGCCCUGAAUCUGCUUCAAAGAGUUAUUUCAAAUUAAAACAAAAAACCCAAACCAAAAUGACAACUAGCUCCUGUGGUUCAUGCCUUGGCCCCUGUGGAGGCUGGUGUCCCACAGGACAGAGACUCACUUGGGCAAGGGAAACUCACCAAAGCUUUAAGAAACCCCCAGGAAACUGUUGCCAGCUGCGCGGCAGCCACAAAGGAGCCAUCCUGAGCUCACAGGACCCCAGCUGAGCUCCGCCGAGCCCCGGAGGAAUUGCCCGCGGCAGGAUCCGGUUAAUGUGCAGCACAUGGAGAGAAGGAGAGGUUGCAAAAGCCACAGAAACGUCGUGGCUCUGCCCGUGCAGGCACAGCUGCAGGAGCCUGCCCUGGGCUUUGGCUGCGCUCGCCCGGCUGCG